GCCUCGCGGAGGCCGUUUUCGCGCAUUGAUUGCAGUGGCUUGCUGCGUAAACGAGUUGGUAGUGACGCUACCGUGCUGCGCUACUGGCACGCAACUGCUUUUUGCAACAAGCAAGCGCCAUCGUUGCGUACAACUAGCAUCCAAGACAAGGCAGCCGUGUCACACCCACGCAAUCGCGCGAGCAGCUCGCAAUACAGUUCUGGAUUAGCAGCAGCAGUGCAAGCGAUGCCGACGCGCCAGCAAAGCGCGCUCGGCCGCCUGAUGCUAGCAGGCCUCGCCGUCCUGACGAUCGUCGCGGGCUGGGCGAGGUAUACCAAUGCGAAACGAAAAGCAACCACCACGAGGAUCCCGCCCUUUUCCACGUUACCAGCCCACUUCGCCCCACCAGAAAAAACGAGGUGGGGCCGCGGUUCGAGAGCGCCGUACCCGACGGGCGCCUACUGGCUCAACGCCGCGCUCGGGGACGUGCCCGUGCCGGCCACACCGUAUCAAGUCGCAAUUACCCCAAAGGGCGCGCAGCUCUCCUACGGGUUUAAGCGACGGCGGGCAACAUCUGAAGCGCAGCUCGACCCGUUCGGGGUCGACUGGUUCCUGCAGCCCGUUUCAGAUGGUGGGGACGCGGCGACGGUCGCUUCUGAGGCCGCAUCGAGGGUCAAGAAAGUCGAGGCCGAGGCGGGCGGUUUUUUCGUGGCUUCUGGGGAUGCGUUGUACGGCUACUCGAAUCGAACGCAGAACGCGACUCUAGAAAGGCGGUCCGCUCUUGGUGCUACUGCGGACUACGGUGGCGUUGGUGUGGUAUUAUGCAAGGGCUCUCCCCUGGUAGCGGUCGAGCUCGACAAAGGUAAAAGUGUGGUACUAGCGCCGGGCGGCGCGGGCGGCGGUCAAGCCGGCCGCAUCACGAGUGUCGAGAUGAAGGACGAUAUCCGACUCGUCACGCUCAAGGACUCGUCACAGUGGGUCUUGGUGUCGCUCGGCUGCGACGUCUCAUUAUCGUCAAAGGGCGAGGCCUUCGGCGUCACCGCAUCUUCGAGUGCUUGUGUCGUGCGUAUUGGGAUCGCCCCUUCAUCAAAGGAGGACUGGUCCAUGUUACGGAAAGCCGCAACGACGUAUAGUGUCGGCGGCGCGCCGGCUUUUGAUUUGAACGGCCCGGACCCGGGCACGUACCACUUGAGGUGGGACAAGCGAGGCGACGGUGACUUGUACAUGCUCGCGGCGCCGCACCACGUCUCUACAUUAGUAGAUUCAUCUGUGGACGAAGGGCGGAGCUACUUAACGGGAGCCAAGGGCACGAUGCAUUGGUUCAAGGGUGAUGGAUGGAAAUUACGAGAAGCCCUACCGGACGUGUCGCUAGCUUCGGCGUCGUUCCGGGACGGACGCGUCGAUCGAGACACGCUGACAACCAUCAAGCAGCAGUGCGAGAGAGAUGUGAGAAGGCCGCACCGGACGAGAUCUUCUGGUAGAGGAGCCUACGGCGCGUUGUACUUCGAGGGCAAGGAACUUGGAAGACUAGCGAGACUAGCCCUGGUCUGCGCCGACGCGGGAAGUGACGAGGCCUCCCAAAAAGCGACAAAUGACCUCGCGACGCGUUUAUCAAGGUGGCUCGCGAGGGAUGAUGUCGUGGGGAGAGACAAGACCUGGGGCGGCACCGUCGCUCGAUCCGGAUAUCCUAUAAAUAGCACAGUAGGCGCGACGGGCGACUCCUUCGCGGACUUUGGCAAUGCCCUUUUCAGCGACCAUCAUUUUCAAUUUGGCUACUACGCCUAUGCUGCCGCUGUGGUCAAAGCAUUACACGUAGAUGGUGCACGCCUCAUCGACGAGUGGCGGCCGCGUUUGGACGCUUUGGUGCUUGAUUACGCGAACCCGCCGCGAGGCUAUCAAUCAUACGCUCGGGCGUUUCCGGAGCACGGGCGCCACAAGGACUGGUACGACGGCCACUCCUGGGCGACGGGUCUCGUAGCUUACCCGACCGGGAAAUCCCAAGAAAGUUCUUCGGAGGCGGCGCACGGCUACUUAGGUGCGGCCCUGUAUGGCGAAGCGAUCCACGACGCUUCCUUGGCGGCGUGGGGUCGACUGUGCCUGGCGACGGAAGUGAGGGGCGCGCAGACGUACUGGCGCAUGGACCCUUCUUCGGACGUGUAUGAUCCCGCCUUCGCCGUCAACCGGGUAGCGGGCGGCGUGGCCGGCGGCGCGGCGGUAGCGACGACGUGGUUCGGGAGCAACCCGGAGUACGUCCACGGCAUCAAUUGUUUGCCGGUACUUACCGGUUUGACGGAUUUGCUGAUUGACGGCGAGGACGCGUGUGCCGAGGCGCCGAUUUUGACCCAAGCUUUGGCGCGGAAACACAAGCCCGUGGAGCCCGCGUGGCGCGGCUUCGCCGUCGCCUCACUAGCCGCCGCGUCGCCCGACGAGGCCUGGGCCGAAGCCGUCGAACUCGACGAGGCCAAGUUCGACGACGGCGCGUCCAAAGCUAACUUACUGCACUGGGUCGCCGCCUCAAAGGCCAUGGGCCCGGCGCCGGCCUGCGGCGACGUCGAAGCGUCGAACGCGACGGAGCUGCCCUGGAACGCUUCUGACGUGGCCGACCAGACGUGCGACGGCAACCUGGCGUGUGCGGCUUUGGGCCUGAGCGGAUUCUGCUGCCCGCAGGCGGACGGCUACAUGUUCGGGUGCUGUCCCGUGCUCAAGUAGGUUUAUCUUAACUUCGUA